AAAUGAUCUGCCCAUGCUCCAUCUAUAAAUAAAUAAACAAAAAGAAGAUUAAAAAUAAAAAAAAAACACAAACCACUUCCCACAAACACAAUCUCAUCAUCCCCAAACCAUGAAAACCCGAACCAUUUCUCCUCUUACUUUGCUUCUUCUUCUUCUUCUCAUCUCAUGCUCAUGGGCAGCAGCUUCCGCCGCUGCCGACCACCACCAAGAUUUCCUACAUUGCCUGUCUGAGAAAUUCGACAGCUCCAACGUUGUUUACACCGCAAGCAAUUCAUCAUACACUUCCAUCUUGAAAUAUUCCAUCUUCAACCUCAGAUAUGCUUCCGAAUCUACACCAAAGCCGCAGGUGAUCAUAACCCCGGAACACGAAUCUCAGAUCCCGCCGGUGAUACGCUGCGCUAAAAAAACCGGCCUCGAGAUCAGAACUCGAAGCGGCGGCCAUGACUUCGAGGGGCUAUCCUAUGUAUCACAAGUCCCGUUUGUGAUGAUCGAUUUGAUCAAUCUCAGUGAAAUCACAGUCGACGCCGAGGCCAAAACCGCGUGGGUUGAAGCCGGCGCUACCAUCGGCUCUUUGUAUUACAGAAUCGCGGAGAAAAGUCCGGUUCUUGGAUUUCCGGCCGGCGGUUGCCUGACCAUUGGCGUCGGAGGCCACUUCAGCGGAGGAGGCUACGGCUUCAUGCAGAGAAAGUACGGCUUGGCUGCCGAUCAUGUGAUCGAUGCAAGAAUAGUGGACGUUAAUGGCAGAAUUCUUGAUAGGAAAUCAAUGGGUGAAGAUCUGUUCUGGGCUAUCAGAGGCGGCGGAGCUGCUAGCUUUGGUGUAGUUGUUGCUUGGAAGGUGGAACUAGUGGAUGUACCCGAAAAGGUCACCGUUUUCACAGUCGACAGGACUCUAGAACAGAACGCAACUCAACUCAUCGACCGUUGGCAAUACAUCGCUCCCAACCUCGACAAAGAUUUGUUCAUCGGAAUCUUGAUAACCCGGUCGAUUUCCGGCCAAGAACCAAACCCUAAUCAAACCAUCCACGCCUACUUCUUCUCCCUCUUCCUCGGCGGCGUCGACGCGCUGCUGCCGCUGAUGCAGCAAACCUUCCCCGAGCUCGGCCUAGCGAGAGAAAACUGCACCGAGAUGAGCUGGAUCAAGUCCACCCUCUACGUCGCCGGCUACCCCAUCGAAACGCCGCUGCAAACCCUGCUCAACAGAACUAAGCGGCAGACAGCACUCUCCAAGCAGAAAUCAGACUACGUGAAGAAGCCAAUCCCUCAACGCGCUUUUCAAGGGAUAUGGGAUCAGUUUUACCGAGCGGAAGAUAAGGGGGCGUUGCUGAUCUUCAUGAUGCCCUACGGCGGGAGAAUGGCGGAGAUCUCCGACUCCGCCAUUCCUUUCCCUCACAGAGCUGGCAAUCUGUACCUCUUCUCUCACGUCGUCUUCUGGGGAGAAGAGAAUGCUCGGAAUUCCGACGGCUACCUGAGCUGGUCGAGGAGGCUCUACGAUUACAUGACUCCUUACGUCUCGACGGCUCCGAGGUCGGCGUAUCUCAACUACAGAGAUCUCGACCUCGGAGUCAACGACGCCGUCGGGGAGACGAGCUACGCGCGAGCCGGCGUCUGGGGAAUGAAGUAUUUCGGGAGCAAUUUCGAUCGCCUUGUUCGGGUGAAAACGUUGGUUGAUCCGGGAAAUUUCUUCAGGAACGAACAGAGCAUUCCGCCGCUGCAUUCCAAGUGGAAAAAGGGAGACUGAGAAAUUUGAAAAAUUCAGGAGGGGAUGAGACGCCGGCGUAGUACUGCGUUUGAUUAUGAAGAAGACGUUGUAAAAAUUGUGUAAUGUAUGUUUUCCUUUGUUUAAAAUUUGCCCGCAUUUAUGAUACUGUAAUAAAGUGAUAAGUUCGACACGCAUAUUAAGAAA